AUGUGCAUUGAUUACAGGCAGUUGAACAAGGUCACAAUCAAGAACAAGUAUCCUUUGCCUCAUAUCGAUGAUUUAUUUGACCAGCUUCAGGGAGUGAGGGUGUUCUCCAAGAUUGAUCUCCGGUUAGGGUAUCACCGGUUGAAGAUCAGGGACUCGGAUAUUCUUAAGACAGCUUUCAAGACCCGAUAUGGUCAUUAUGAGUUCCUUGUGAUGUCUUUUAGGCUGACUAAUGCCCCAGCAGCGUUCAUGCAUUUGAUGAACAGCGUAUUUCGGCCUUAUCUCGGCUCGUUUUUCAUUGUAUUUAUUGAUGAUAUUCUGGUGUACUCGCGUAGUCAGGAAGAGCACGCGGAGCAUUUGAGAGUUGGGUUGCAGAUAUUAAGGGAGGAGACGCUUUAUGCAAAGUUCUCCAAGUUCCUCAUCAGAUAUCGCAAAGGUCUUAUUGUCGUUGGUUAUGUAAUUCUAAAGGUCGGACAGGUUUCAAGUGUUCCGAAAUAUGGAGAGAUAAACAGAAAGGCGACGCAGGCCUCAGCUCAUUAUACAUUGAGCUAA